AUGUCACAAACAUCGCCAUCCAACCCAGCCCAGGUUUCCUCUCCAUCUCGUUACUCCCACCUCGAAACGCUUUUUGGCCCUCGAACGCGUGAUCGGAUCAGGAAUUGCUCCGUCUUGGUCAUCGGGGCAGGUGGGAUUGGAUGUGAAUUGCUCAAGAACUUAGUCUGUACUGGGUUUGGUCAUAUCACCAUCGUCUGUCACCUUUCUCAGUUCAUCCGUGCACAAAAUGUUGAUUUGGACACAGUCGAUACUUCCAAUCUCAACCGACAAUUUUUGUUCCAAAAGAAGCACGUCAAGAGACCCAAAGCAAUUGUAGCUCGUGAGACAGCGUCCGCAUUCAACCCCAACGUCACUAUUCAAGCCCUCCAUGCCAACAUCAUGGAUUCACAAUUUGACCAAGCGUAUUACAAGGCAUUCGACCUGGUCCUAAACGCAUUAGAUAAUCUUUCGGCCCGGAGACAUGUUAACAAGAUGUGUGUGAUGACCAAGGUACCGUUAAUCGAAAGUGGGACUGCGGGCUACAGCGGACAAGUCCAACCGAUUCGAAGUGGUCAGAUGGAGUGCUAUGAUUGUCAGCCUAAACCACUGCCGAAAACCUUUCCAGUAUGUACCAUCCGCUCAACCCCAUCUAGUCCCAUACAUUGCAUUGUUUGGGCGAAGAAUUAUCUCUUCCCUCAACUCUUUGGGCCUGAAGAUGAAAAUGAAGGGGCGGAUUUAGAUGAAGCGAUUCAAAAUGGCGAAAGUGUGAAAGAAGUAGAGGCUUUGAAAGAGGAAGUGAAACGAAUGAAGGAAAUUAGAGCCCAGUUGGAUUCGCCUGAGAUGUCAAAAAUCGUAUUCGAGAAACUGUUUCAAGAGGACAUUAAGCGACUCUUGAUGAUGGAAGAUAUGUGGAAGCAGCGACAAGCGCCUACGCCGUUGAGCUAUGAUGGACUGGCAUCUCAGAAAACACAAGCUGAAAACGGGCAACAAGAACAACAAGCCUCCAGUGCCGGAGGCUUGAAGGAUCAACAGAAAUUGAGUCUAAAAGACUCCUUCGACUUGUUUUGCUCAAGCUUGCUAGCACUUGGCAAACGGAUCCAAUCAGAUGCCGCUCAUGAGCCCCUGCGCUGGGAUAAAGAUGACGAUGAUGCAUUGGACUUCGUCACUGCUGCCUCUAAUUUGAGAGCGAAUAUAUUCGGCAUUCCUCAGAAGACACGGUUCGACGUCAAAGAAAUGGCGGGAAAUAUUAUUCCUGCUAUUGCGACAACAAACUCAGCCGUGUCGGCCCUGAUUGUUUUUCAAGCCAUCAACAUCCUCUGUCGACCAAAGGGCACGGAAACCCCAUCCCAAAAUGGUGCCGAACCAACUAAAGAAGAUAAUUGCGGACCUCUACCAAGGAUUGCUGCCUGUCGGCCCUGGUAUGGCAAGACAGCGGACCGGAUCAUUGUAGCCGGCAGCAUCGACCCACCCAACCCUCAUUGCCAAGUUUGCCAAGUGCUUUACCCUACCGUCAAUGUCCACCCAGACUGUUCACUAAAGAAGUUCAUAGUGGAAGUGCUCCAGGGUAGGCUCUUUGAAGAGGGAGACGACGAAUCAAUUACCAUUCAAGAAGGCGACCGAUUGCUGUACGACCCCGACUUUACGGACAACGAUAUUAAAACUUUCAGGGAGUUGGAUUUGAUAGAUGGACCAGCUGAACGAGUUUUGAGGAUCACUGAUGAAGCAGAGAAAUAUGUUCCUCUGAUGUUCAUCAUUUCUAAAAAUGCACCGCCACUAGAUAAGGUAGUCUCGGUCCAAGGCCUCCCGGACAACAUACCCCAUCGACCAGCUCCUGAGCCGAAAGUAGAUCCGAUACCUGAUCUGAAAGAAGACUCAGACAUCGAGCAAGUGACCGCUCCGAACGGCUCCAACGGGACCAAAAGAAGUCGGACUACUUCGAACAAAGCGGACGGAUCCAAGGAUGAUGAUGAGAUCGUAUUGGUCGAUCAGCUCGAUGAUUCCUCAAAACCACCACCUGCCAAGAAACUUAAGCUUGACCAGCCAAAAGAGUCUAGCUCAAUCGAGAUAAUCGAAAUAUCUUAA